GUAUAGGAAGUACAUCAGACAAGGAAACUAUAGAGGAGUUGAGGAAAGAGCUACAGGAACUCAAGGAGCAUUUUGAUAUAGAGAGACGUGAAAUAGAACAAGCUUGUAGACUGGAAAUAACAGCUGUUGAAGAGAGACAUGAUCAGGAAAAGGCUGAACUAUUCAACCAUAUAGAAAGGGAAAAGGCUAAGAUAUCAGAUGAGUUUGAGAGGCUACAGCAGCAGGCACUAUCAGAACUAGCGAGGGAAUUACAGACCAACUUUGCCCAUGAGAAAGAAGACCUCAUACAGAAACAUGAAUCAGAGAAAAAUUAUUUACAACAGAAGUUUAUGGAGGAGAAAGAUGGACUUAGAGAAAUAUUAGAAACUGAGCAUGAGGAAGAUUUACAGAGUCAGAUAGAGAAAGUAAGGUCAGUCUGUGAACAGGAGAAGUUCCAGGUAGAGGAAGCAUUAGCUGAGACAGAACCUUUCAUAAAAAAUCUUGAGGAACAAAACACACAACUGGAACAUAAACUCACCAAACAGAGGGAACAAAACACACACCUGGAACAAAAACUGUCUAAAGAGAAGGAACAAAACUCACAACUGGAACAAAAUCUCUCCAAAGAAAAGGAACAAAACUCACGACUGGAACAAAAACUCUCCAAAGAAAAGGAACAAAACACACAUCUGGAACAAAAACUCUCCAAACAGAAGGAAGAAAAUGAUCAGGAAUUGAAAAGACAAAAAACUGAAAUGGAGGGAAUGUUAACAAGACAUAUGCAGAAACUUGAAGAUGUUGAAAAGCAGAAACAGGAACUAGAGUUAGACUUUAAGAAAGGCAGCAGUGAUACAGAAAUAGCAUUCAGAAAGGAGAAAAUGGACCUGAGGAAUGAAAUAGACAGACAAGCUCAGGAUAUUCGAGAAUUACAGAGACAUAGAGCAGAGCUGGAAUUAGAGCUCAAACAACAGAAAGAUGAGCUUGAAUUGUCAUUUCGACAAGAGAAACAGGAGAUUUUGGAGCUUUAUGAAGAUAAGAUCAGGGAGUUGGAGGAUAAAUUUGUAGAAUCAGAGAAAGCUAAAGAUAACUUAUUAAAAGAGGGAGUAGAUUCACUACAUGGUAAACUCAGGGAUGACUUUUACAAACUGUUGGAUGUGGCAACAAAAGAAAAACUUGCUGACGAGGAGAAAAAGUUAAAUGAACAUCUUCAAAAAGAGAUGGAAGCUGACUUUGACACAAAGAAAUCUGAACUAAGUCAUUUGUUUGAGAAGGAGAAGACAGAGCUAGUUGAGAGGUAUGAGGAUCAGAUCCAGUCCAUGCGACAGGAGCUGAGCCGACUGCAAGAGAAACUGGAAGAGGAAAGAGAAGUGCUGGCAGAGAGGUUUGACAAUGAGAAGGAGGUCAUUGAAGAACAACUGGCACAACAACUUAGGGAAGAACUGGAGUCUUGUAAAUGGAGGAAGAGAGUUAGAUUAGGUCAGAAAUAUCUCAAGAAAAACAAGGAGGAGGAGUUUUGCCACCAGAUGGAGGAGAUCAGAGAUGCCUAUGAAGAAGAGAAACAUGAGUAUGAGGCUCAGGCCGACCUCCUGAGACAGGAAGUUGAAGAGUUACAGAAAGCUCUUGAUGAUGAAGACAAAAACAGGAGGAAGAUUGAUGAACUCAAGAAAGCAAACAACAAACUUCAGCAAGAAAGAAGACAG